UAGCCGACAGCGGCGACAACAAUGAAAGAUGAAUGGUAAAUCAAUGAAGAUCUCGCCAUCAGUAAGUGUCGGUCGUGUGCAGUCAUUUUGUUUUAGUGGGUGUCAUCGAAAUCAAAACAUUUACGGGUAGUAUGCACAGGCUACUUGAAAACAUUGACGGCAGAGACGAUUCAUUGAAUAACCAUGACGGAAACAGCGAAUCUAUAAGCGGAAAUAAUCAGCAUAACUAUAUUUCCAGUGGUGACAGUAACGUGAAUCGUGAGAUCAAACACAAUUUUACUAACGGACCAAACAACAACAACGAUGAGGAUGUAGCAUCGACGCUAUCCGUGACCGGUGCGCUAAAUGCGAUUCUUCGUCGGUCACCACAACCAACGUUAAAACGGAAGGCAGGAGAGAUUUCCCCGGUCAACUCCAGCCAGGAGUCCUCAACAAGUUCUGAGCCAUUCACAAAUGUAGAGAGUAUGAACUGUGAUUCCCCUGGGAGAAAUUGUAGUCCGGUUUAUAGAGGGUCUCCUCCAGUCAAGGAUGUGGAAUACUCACCCACCUGUCAAUCAGACAUGCACCUCGACAACACCUUCACAACGGACCACAAAUUAUCUAAUUCUGUUGAUUAUAAUGUGCUAUCAGAUUCAAAUUCUGCCUCCAAGAGUUUGGAGUCAAAGAAAUCUCAGGUUGAGACAGAAACAUCUCUGUAUGGUGAGAAAUCACCAAUUUCCAAGGUCACUCCAAAGGUCACAGUCUCAUCAGCAAAUUCACCAUACAUGUGUAAUGAUAAGUUGUCCGUCGCAAAAUCUGACAUUGAAAGGUCAUCAUCUUUAAAAGGACUAGAGAGAGCUUCGGACUCGGGUAGUCGGAGCAGUGCCGAAUUUACACGGGCUCACUCACGCGAAAGGUCGUUUGAGAAGUCAUUGGAUAAUAUAAUGGAUAAGUGUUCUGAAAAAUCCUUGGAUCUGAAUCUGAGUGUGGAAUGUAAAAAUGGAACACUCAGCGACAAAACGUCAGUGGAUGAAUCUAACGUCAGUAAGAAGAGUGACAAGAAAAAGAAAACUGCUCCUUGGUACACGAUGUGGAGUCCAUCCUAUAAAUCAAGAACAGAUGAUUUCAAGAAGUUUUUCAAGGAUGUCCCAAGUGAUGAGCGACUGAUAGUGGACUAUUCCUGCGCCCUUCAGAAAGACAUCCUGGUCCACGGUCGAAUGUUUCUCACACAGAACUGGGUCUGUUUCUAUGCCAACAUAUUCCGCUGGGAGACAGUGCUGACUGUUCCGUGUAAAGAGAUAACUGCCGUGACGAAGGAGAAGACAGCACGAGUUAUCCCAAACGCCAUACAGAUAGCCACGGAUAAAGAGAAACACUUUUUCACCUCAUUUGGUGCUCGAGACAAAACCUACAUGAUGCUGUUCCGUGUGUGGCAGAAUGCUCUUCUGGAGCAGCCUAUGUCCCCUAAGGAGCUGUGGCAGUGGGUCCAUUAUAGCUAUGGGGAAGAGCUUGGUUUGACGUCCAGUGAUGACGACUACGUGGCUCCACCGUCAGGCGUUGAAGAGGCAGUGGAAGACAACAGUAAAUGUGACAACACUGACUCGUCAGAAGCAGUCCCUAUUGGUGACAUAGCCAAUGUUGAGGAGGUAGAACCGUCUGAGGUACUAGACUAUACACCUAUGGACAAAACUCCAACGAUGGCCUCAAUAGACCUACCAACUGAUCAGAGUGACACCACGGAUGACAGUGAAGGAGAGGUGGUGUGUACGACAGACCACAAUCACUUCUGUAAACAGAUGCUCUUCACCGUGUACCACAUCCCUGUGGAGAAGUUGUUCGAUCUCCUUUAUACCGACACUGCCUUCAUCCAAAGUGUUCACCUAUCUAAACGAAACACAAACCUGGCUGUAUCUCCCUGGCAAGACGACACAAAUGGAUCAGGAAAUAGACAUCGCACCCUCAGUUACACUGUUGCACUUAAUUAUUCCAUUGGACCAAAGUCAUCACAUACGUUCGAGAAACAGAUGUUGUACAAGUUGUCCAAGCCAGGCUCCCUGUAUGUGGUCGACACCGAGUGCUCUAUGGCCGGCAUUCCCUACGCUGAUGCAUUUGUGGUUGUCAACAGAUUCUGUAUAUCCCGGGUCACUCAUCAUAAAUCUCGUCUCCGCAUCACGACAGAAAUCCAGUACAAAAAAUCAGUAUGGGGACUCGCCAAAAGUAUGAUAGAAAAGAACGGCUAUCAGGGAUCAGAAGACUUCUUCAAAACCCUGGACGCUCACCUGAAACGAGAAGUGGAGAAUCUACAACAGGAGACGAAUAAGGGAUCUCAGACACAGUCACUGAAACGCAAACUCCGCAAACGACGCACACGUACCAACCAAACAAAUAUCGAAAAUACAACUCUAAAGCAGACAAAACCAGGCAUGUCUCGACAUCUAUCUCUGAUGGAAAACAAACAGUCACGUCAUACACCUCAGACCGCUCCGCCAUCUCCUAUACGAUCAGUUUUGUCCCACAAAGAAGAGAAAUUGACGAAAUUAAACGCAGACACCUUAGUCAGAGUAAUCCUUGUUGUACUUGUUUUACUAGUAAUAUUUAACGCCAUACUUUUCUACAAACUCUGGUCUCUGGAGGGCUUCGCUACCAUGUUGUACUCGCCUCACUCACCGGCCCACGUCGAUGAAGCCACAAGUCCAAAGUCACAAGAGGAGUGGGCGAGUGUCCUCAAACAGCAGCAGUACCUGUAUGAGCGAGAGAUAGACAAAUGGAAAGAAAUCCUCUCUUCUUCCAUCACUCUCAUUGAUCAGAUGAAGUUGACAUUAGUUGAACUAAGGAACAGUUUAGAAAACAGACUAUCUACAAAGGAUGUAUAUCAGAUGCAUGAAGCAUGAUCGCAGCUCAUUCUCUCACCCCCAUAGUCACAAAAGGUGUCACCCCUCAUAAUGAUAUCAGAAAUCUCAUGUUAUUAUCAAAGGGGUGAGCAGGAUUAAUUACCAUGAAAUGUGCAAUAAACAUUCACCCCUGCAAACAGAAAUGGACUGUUCUAGAGAGGGAAUAUUCUGCAUGUUAAAGGAUGUGAUCCUGAUGAGGAAAUAGUGAGAGAUUAGUGGAUUGACCCCCUACAAUAUUACUGGACUGAUCUGAUCUGGGCAUGUUCCUGGUUGCCUUGAAAGUGAAGUUGAGUCCAUUGUCAGGGUAGACAGGAUUACCAUGAUGGGUAAAUGUGAUAUCUUUGACAUAGCAUGAACUUGCCAUUGGAAAUGGUGCCAUCAUCAGUGACAGAAACGUCAAAGUUACCAUUGUUUUCAUCUCCAGAUAUUUGAUUGUGUUUAACAUAAAGGAAUUAUCAGCUACAGUCUCAACAUGAUUCAGAUGUCAUGAUAUAUCACAUGACAGACUUGUUGUGACAUCAUGACAGACUUGUUGUGAUGUCAUGACACACUUGUUGUGACAUCAUGACACACUUGUUGUGAUGUCAUGACACACUUGUUGUGACAUCAUGACACACUUGUUGUGAUGUCAUGACACACUUGUUGUGAUGUCAUGACACACUUGUUGUGACAUCAUGACAGACUUGUUGUGAUGUCAUGACACACUUGUUGUGACAUCAUGACAGACUUGUUGUGAUGUCAUGACACACUUGUUGUGAUGUCAUGACACACUUGUUGUGACGUCAUGACACACUUGUUGUGAUGUCAUGACACACUUGUGACAUCAUGACACACUUGUUGUGAUGUCAUGACAGACUUGUUGUGACGUCAUGACAGACUUGUUGUGACGUCAUGACACACUUGUUGUGAUGUCAUGACACACUUGUUGUGACAUCAUGACACACUUGUGACGUCAUGACACACUUGUGACAUCAUGACAGACUUGUUGUGACGUCAUGACAGACUUGUUGUGACGUCAUGACACACUUGUGACAUCAUGACAGACUUGUUGUGACGUCAUGACAGACUUGUUGUGACAUCAUGACAGACUUGUUGCGAUGUCAUAAAACCCAUGAUGAGUGAUUGUUAUGUAGUAAUCAUUCCGGUGCCGACAGGUCAUAUUGACCCUCAUUAUGGCACUUACUACAAUGUGCUUUUAAGUUAUUGU